AGUUCCUGGUUCAAUAUCGUCGCCCCACGUCAACACGACCGCCCCUCCCGUCCCUUUCGACUCCAAGCGGCACCAAUCACAGUGAUAACCCCAACCUCGCGAUGGCCUCAACUAAGAAAUUCCUCAAUCACCCGGGGGCCAAGGAGGCUCCCGCUCACGUCUUGGAGUUCAAGCCUGAGGCGGACCACAAUCCUCCCAUGCGUGGACUGCCGUUGGUAGCUGCUUCGAUGCUCGUUUCCAACUCGCAAUGGCUUCAAAAGUUCAUGUGGAGCAACGCCAAAUUUGGGCAGGCUAGGUCUAUGUCCGAGCUGAACGGUGAACAAUGGAGGGUACAGCCCAACGUCAUCCCCCUAUCUUCAUCUUCCGAAACCUCCACCCAAACCCUUCUAUCCUUCGACCCCUCCCUCACCACCCCUCAACCCCCCACCGUCCCGGGCCGCUUCAACUCCAUAGCCGACUACCACGCCGCCUACGCCUCCGGGCAGCUCACUCCGCUUCAAGUCAUCGACGCGCUCCUCCCGCUGAUCCGGCGCGACAUCAAGCCCGAGCAGCAGCAGUCCAAGUACGCCGUGGCCUUCAUCCAGUCCAAGGUGGGCGAGGUGUUGGCGGAGGCCAAGGCGUCGACGGAGCGUUGGCAAGCCGGCAGGCCGUUGGGCGUCCUGGAUGGCGUGCCGUUUGGUGUGAAAGAUGAUACCGAGGUGGAGGGCUAUGUCUCCACCAUGGGCAUGAAGGUUGAUGAGAGGUUUGAGUAUUUCAAGAAGCCGGCGACGGAGACGGUGUGGCCGGCGAAGAAGUUGAGAGAGGCGGGGGCGAUCAUGGUGGGGAAGAUGAAUCAGCAUGAGAUUGGCAUGGAUACGACGGGUUGCAACCCUACUACGGGAACGGCUACGAACUGGUACAACACCAAGUACUUCCCCGGUGGCUCGUCAUCUGGUGCUGGAUCUGCCCUCAGCGCCGGCCUUGUGCCUAUCGCUAUCGGUACUGAUGCCGGCGGCAGCAUGCGCAUCCCGCCCGCCUUCUGCGGCGUCUACGGCCUCAAGCCCACCCACAACCGGGUCGUCAGUCGUAACUCAUCCAUGUGCGUCGUCGGUCCCAUGUGCUCCAACCCAUCCGACCUGACCAUCGCCUACCGGAUCAUGGCCCAACCCAACCCUUCGGACCCCGCCCAAUCCUCUCUCGCCCCGUCCAUCCCACCCUCCCCUACCGCCAAAAAGUAUCUCGGCCUCUGCCCCGAAUGGAUCGCCCUCGCCGACGCCGACGUGCGCACCACCUUCAACCGGGCCAUCGAGACGCUCUGCAGCAGCCCUUCCUUCGGCGGCUACGAGCUCGUCACCAUCAAGCUGCCCUACCUGCGCGAGGGCCAGCUCGCUCACGCCGCGACCUGCCUGACCGAGGCGGCGGCCGACGCGCGCAACCGCGUUACCAACCCGGACGACUACCUCAAGCCGCUCAACUACCCCAACCGCAUCAUGGUGUCGAUGGGCGCCCAGACCCCCGCCGCCGACUACCUGCGCUACAACCAGCUGCGCCAGGUGAUUAUGCAGCACCUCGCCCACCUGUACGAGCAGUACCCCGGUCUGCUGAUCGUGUCACCGACUACGCCCAUGGCCGGGUGGCCCAUCAUGCCGGGCGACGAAGCGUACGGGUGCAGUGAUGGGAAUAGGAGCAUUAGGAAUAUGACGUAUGUGUGGUAUGCCAACACGAGCGGGUGUCCGGCCGUGACGUGCCCCGGAGGGUAUGUGGAGGCGCAGCAGGGGGAGGGUAAGCUGCCGGUGGGCGUGAUGGCGAUGGCUGAGUGGGGAGAGGAGGAGAGGCUGUUGGGUUUUGCGAGGGAGCUGGAGAGGUACCUUGCUGAGGCGUAUGAGGGGGGCAGGCAGAGGCCGAGGGAGUGGGUGGAUGUUUUGGGGGCUGCGAAGGGGCAGGUGAAGAUUUAGGCUCGGCUUAGGAACCAUGUGAGUGUGCGGGCGUCAUGAGGAUUUUUGAGGUACCAUUUUGAAGGCGUGAAAGACCCAAUG